AUGCAUAAUCCGCUCAUCGGAGAUUGCAUCGGACUCGAGAGCUGCGGCGACACCGCUCCCGACUUCGACCCGCUGCCUCCGCCGCGCAGCCGGGCCAGCCGCCGCACGAAGGCCGCGGCGGCGGCGGCGGCGAUGGAGCAUCCGCCGCCGAUUCCUUUCCUUGCGCCGCAAAUGCCGUGUGUUAUGACGAGGCACUACACCGGCGACGGGCGGUUGAUCAUAAAGGAGGAAAUAAAAAGGAAUCACAAGUAUUUCGAGGUCUGCAGGUCCAAUGGGCGCCUCGUAUUAAAUCUGGUACCCAUCGAUUACGUCAUCGAUGAGGACACGAUGGCCGAUGAUCGGGUUAUUGCUCAUCGCUGCUACGCCUAUAACGGUGGUGUGGCGGCGAACACCUGCGGCGGCUACGCGCCGGCGACGGCGGUGGCGUUUAGGCCGCCGGUUCAAACGUGA